AUGUCAAUCAGGGAGUCCAUCGGCACCCUGUUUUACGUCAUUUUACUGCUGACCAAUGCGGUCGCAAUCUUGCACGAGGAGCGGUUUCUUGCUAGAAUCGGUUUAGCCCACUCCUCAUCACAAGCACAGUUCGGAGACCAAACGCAAACAGUCAAGUAUGAGAUCAUAAAUCUCAUUUCUGCUAUCAGGACGUUAUUGCGAUUCCCUCUGGUCGCGAUAAACAUCGUCAUAAUCGUCUACGAGCUCAUCUUCGGCUCCGUAAGCUAA